AUGACCCCAACGACGACGCUGUCGCUUCAGGAAAAGCAACGAGAAAACUUGCUUCGCAUGCUGGAUUUUAACUCCGAAAGCGCUGGUGGCUUUACGGAUACUGCUCAAGACUCUGUUGAUCGCUGGGGCGACCAGUGGAAGAUUCUGAUCUACGACAAGUUCUGUCGCGACAUCAUCUCGCCCAUUCUCAAGCUGCAUGAGCUCCGCAAAAAGGGUGUGACGCUGCACAUGCUGCUGGAAUCUGAGCGUGAAGCGAUCCCUGAUGUUCCGGUUAUCUACUUCGUCGAGCCUACGCUCGAGAAUUUGAAACGGAUUGUUUCGGACUGUUCCAAGGAAUUGUACAGCUCAGCACACUUGAACUUUGCUUACCCUUUGACUCGCGAAUCACUGGAGUACUUAGCGCGAGCUUCAGUGGAAGCAGGCUGCACGAGCAUGAUUGCUAAGGUGUAUGACCAGUACACGAACUUCGUGUCGCUGGAACCGGGUCUGUUCUCGCUGAAUCUCCCCAACAGCUAUCGAGCGUAUAACGACCCGAAUAUGGCGGACGUGCAGAUCGAGGAGACAAUGAGUGCUGUUGUCAAAGGACUUUUUUCAGUCCUCGCUACCACUGGAAGGGUACCGGUCAUUCGCUGCCGAAAUGAUGAUGGGCCAUCGAGACUGGUGGCGGAGCAACUUAGCGCCACUAUUCGCGAACACUUGAAUGUGAGGGAUGGCGUGUUUACUGAAAACACAUCCAACUUUCAGCGCCCGGUGCUUAUCAUCAUGGAUCGAAAUGAGGAUAUCGCUUCGAGUUUGUACCAUCCGUCAACGUAUCAGGCGCUAGUUGAUGACGUUUUGUCCAUUCAGUUGAAUCGCGUAAAGGUGUCAGUAAAGACGUCGGCUGGGAAAGACGGUGAUGGUGACGGCCGGCUGGUAGAGCGUACGUACGAUUUGGACGUGACGUGUGACAAGUUUUUCGAAACACAUGCUGGCAGCCUGUUUCCUGACGCGAUUGACGCUAAUGAAGAGGAAAUGAAGCAGGUUACGCGUAAGGAAGAGCAGAUUCGAGCUCAAACAGGGGGAAGUGAUGCCCUGAUGAAUGGCACGAAGGAUCUCGUGGCUGCCGUUGACACGUUACCGGCGCUCAUGGAAAAGAAGAAGAUGCUGGAAGCUCACACCAACAUCUUUCACGCUGCGUUCGAGGGUGUAUCGAAGCGUCAUAUUCCAUCUUACUCUAUGCUGGAACAAAAGCUAAUCGAUGGCUCGCGUGUUGACAAGACCGAAGUGCUGCAGCUACUGUCAAGCGCAGAAAUGGGCACUUUGGCGGAUAAAAUGCGGUUGUUGAUGAUCUACUUCUUGUCGAGUGGUGUCAGUGGUGCGGAAAUGGCAGAUUUUGAAAACGCUUACCAACAGUGUGCUGCAGCAUCCGAACAGCCGGAGAUGUAUAUGCAGGCAUGGAAGUUACUCCGCAAGCACUCGGCUUUUCAGCGUUGUACCAGUGACGGAGCUGGUCUGCCGUCUGAGACUGGUGCUGGACCGGACGGUGGUGUCAAUAUGAGCAAGUUCAAAGGCCUUGCUCAGGGAUUUCUUGCUCAAGCCGCUGCAAGCUUCAAGAAUUUCUUGCCCGAGAACAAAAUGUUGCAUGUCGCGCGAGUGACGGACGCGAUAUGUGAGAUGAAGCCUAACACGGAGGACGACAGCUUCUUGUAUCUGGAUCCGAAGAUCAAGGCCAAUGGUGACGUACCUCGACAGCGCUCUCCUUUUCGUGAAGUGAUGGUAUUUAUGAUUGGUGGCGGCAACUACAACGAAUAUCAUAAUCUGUUGGCGUCGACAACGAGGUCGCAGUCGCCGCGAUCGAUCUGGUACGGCUGUACUGAGCUGCUGAAUCCAGAAGCAUUUCUAAGCCAGCUCGGCUCCAUUGGCGCAUAA